CAGCCCCCGCCCUUCUCUCUGUUCUUCUCCCUCGGGGAUAUAUAUAAUUCCACCAUUCCCACCACCGGUGCUUGAUUUUCCAGGCUCACUGAGCGGCGGCUCUUCGAUUCAAGCUUCUGCCCACAUCGCACUCCUUCGCUCACGUUGAUCGUUUUCUGGGGCGUUCUGUUUUCAUUUGGUAAUCGUUGAUUGGUUCACUCAGUUCUUUGGGUGUUUACAGAGCGGAACUCAGGUCAAUUCCACAAUGCAGUCUACUGAAGUCCCCAUCUCCAUGGAAGUGGAAGCAGUUCCAAGUAAAUCGACAACUGAAGUCGGCAUCUUGCCUCCAAAACCACUGUUUGAACCUCUAAAGCCUCAUGAAAUGAAUGAUGGCCGAGUUCAGUUCCGGAAGGUAUCUGUUCCUCCACAUCGCUAUUCUCCUCUCAAGAAAGCAUGGAUGGAGAUCUACACCCCAAUAUACGAGCAGAUGAAAAUCGACAUCCGUAUGAACCUCAAAGCUCGUAAAGUCGAACUGAAAACCAGAGCAGACACACCAGACAUCAGUAACUUGCAAAAGUGUGCAGAUUUUGUCCAUGCCUUCAUGCUGGGUUUUGAUAUAAUUGACGCCAUUGCACUCUUACGAGUGGAUGAACUCUACGUAGAAUCUUUCGAGAUUAAAGAUGUUAAAACACUUCGAGGUGAGCAUUUGUCCCGUGCCAUAGGCCGAUUGUCUGGUAAAGCUGGAAAAACUAAGUUCGCCAUUGAAAAUGCUACAAAGACGAGGAUAGUCAUUGCAGACACCAAGAUUCACAUAUUAGGAUCCUUUGCCAACAUCAAAAUUGCUAGAGAUUCUCUUUGCAGCCUCAUUUUAGGUUCCCCUGCAGGUAAAGUUUACUCGAAAUUAAGAGCAGUUACUGCUAGAUUGGCUGAAAGGUUUUGAUCUUUUAUGAUUUUUUUCAUACUAGUUAUUUGAGGGAGAGUGUAACUGCAUUGAAAUUCUUGUCCAUCAAAGUUUUUUCCUUGAUUCCUUCUAUUAUUCAA